AUGAAAACAGCCGCCCCACAAAAAAACAAAUGGGAGCUGUCCUGGUCGUCGGCUGACAUAGUUCACUCAGGUGUCAGUCAGUCGGACAGUCGAGCAGCCAAACAGUCGCGUCUGCUGCAGCUACAACGGCAACUGGAACUGCAACAGCGACUGCGGAUGCAGCGUGGCAGCGUUGUUAACGCCGGCAGCGCGGAUAUGGCAAGGUGGCACUUUGCCGGCGGUGUCGCGACGUUGGUGGUGAUGACGAUGGUAGUGGUGUUGGUAACGCUCUCGCUGUGCGCUUUGGCCGCUGCACGUCCUGGCUACCUGCAUGGCCACCACCACCACUAUCCUGAGUAUCCACUAUAUCCACACCACCACCACGUGGAGCCGCUGCAUGUAGCCAAAAUAGUGCAUUUACCUGCUGCCGUUUCGCAUCAGAGUUCAACGGUGGUGCACACCGUGCCGCAUCACAUAAUUAAGCCAGUGGUGCUGCCCACUGUCGUGAAGACUGUGGUGCAUCCACCAAUUAGCUAUCAUGCGGCACCCAUUAUCAAAGCCUAUCAUCCAUAUGACCCCUUCCACUAUCAUCAUCAUGAUUUUCAUCUGCACUAAGGCAAACCACUGACUCAACCUGAAUGUAUUCUUCACCACCUAAUCCACUCACCCCCCUCAUCUUACGAUUGCCUGCUGACUUGCUGUGUAUGUAUGUGUGUACAAAUUGAU